CUUUCCCGCUGACCCACUUGCCCCUCCUGGUCGACGGCCCAUGCCUACUUGAAUAUCCAUGUUAUCUUCCCUCUUCUCUCGCUGUUGGGCUCUACUUCUCCUUUCACUAGCAUUAUGGACAACCAGCACCACAGCCGAAGGCGAGACGCCGGAAAAGCAGGCUGCUGACUUCUUCGGGAGGCAUGAAAGCACGUCGGGCCACACCAACAACUGGGCCGUCCUUGUUUGCGCAUCUCGAUACUGGUUCAACUAUCGCCACAUGGCAAACGCCCUCGGCAUGUAUCGCACCGUAAAGCGCCUCGGCGUACCCGACUCUCACAUCAUCCUCAUGCUCGCCGACGACGCCGCCUGCAACCCGCGCAACCCGUUCCCGGGCUCAGUCUUCGCCUCUUCCUCGCGCUCGCUCGACCUCUACGGCUCGCACGUCGAAGUCGAUUACCGCGGCACGGACGUGACCGUCGAGAACUUCCUGCGCCUCCUCACGGGCCGCGUCUCGCCUGACAUGCCGCGCUCCAAGCGAUUGCUCUCGGACGACAAGAGCAACGUGUUCGUGUACAUGACGGGACACGGCGGGAACGAGUUCCUCAAGUUCCAGGACAGCGAGGAGAUUUCGGCUUUCGACAUCGCAGACGCGUUCGAGCAGAUGUGGCAGAAGCGGAGGUACAAUGAGUUGUUCUUCAUGAUCGACACGUGCCAGGCGAAUACGAUGUAUACCAAGUUCUAUUCCCCCAACAUCCUGGCGACCGGGUCAUCCCAGAUUGAGGAGAAUUCGUAUUCGUAUGAGAACGACGCGGACAUUGGCGUUUCCGUCAUCGACUCGUACACCCACUUCGUGCUCGAGUACAUGGAACGCAUCAACAAGACCUCACAGACUUCUCUCCAGGACUUCUUCAACGCGUACAACCCACAUACAAUCCGCUCGCACCCCGGCGUCCGAUCCGACCUCUUCCAGCGUCCUCUAAGCGAUACCCUCCUGACUGACUUCUUCGGUGGUGUCGCGCAUGCCGAGAUAUUCGACUCUUCCUCCUCCAACAUAGACUUCGAGCUCGACGAAGAGUUCGCAAGCAAAUGGCAAGCAGUGUACGAUGACGCAUGCAACGCCGAGACGUCUUCGGAUGGCGGAGAUGCUGAGAACUCGAGCGAAAGGGUCGCGCAGAGCUCGAUAAGGAAGAUAGGUGAAAAACUGGAUCUGUCGCCAGGCAAAUGGAAAGAGGCGCGCAAGUGGGCCUCGGUUGCGAGUUUGGGUGCGCUCAUCGCGUGGGCCGCGAGUCGGUGGUGAUAAUGGUUCACACUCCUCUGGACUCCGCCUUGAGCGCCUCCGACCUUGAUUCCCGUGCUUUCUUUGGACAGUGCUGUACUUGUACUUAUGCAUUAGACUAAUCCAAUACCUUCA